GAGCUGUAUAGAAAUAUUCGUUGUGUAUCUGGCAAUAAUCUAUGUUCUUCAUAGAAAUGCGAUAGUAACCGCGGACACGCGGACUGCGCACGAUCGUUAAUCUCGUGUAUGUGAAGUGUGAAGUGAGGAGCGCAAUGUAUAACGAUACCAGCGAUAAGUACGAGCUACCAGAAGUAGUCAAUUUAGAUACUGCAUCUUGUAGUAAUGCACAAGGCUUUAUUUUUCCAUCGAAGCUUUCAUCUUCAUACCUUUGCAAUGAUAGUCAACUCCAAACGACCCCAACCCACAACAUGCAUACUAUUAGAGGAUGCAAGUAUCUCAAGUAGUGAUAGUAGUGAGUUGACCGAAAAAAAUGUACAAGUUAGUAAUGAGAACAGUGAAUCGAAUUUGAAAAGGUACUUGCAAGAAACCAGCGAAGGUAAAAUUAUAUUAUCUGCAUACUAUAAUAACAAUAAAACCCUUAAUUCUGUACUGCGUUCUCGAUUAGUACGACUCAUUAUCAAAGGAGAGAAAGACAGAAUAUUAUCAAAAAUCUCAGUAGCAGACAAAUUAACUAAUUUUGUUAUAACAACUUCUCGGUUUCAAAAAUUAGCAGGAGUCAUUGUUAAAAUAUUUAAAGGAGAGUAUUGUUACACAUAUUAUACGUCGUUUACAUGUAAGAAUGGUGUUCGUAUACAGGCAAGUGAUAAACAAGAUGCGGUAAUUUUUUAUUUACUUCCGAUUCUUAUCGAAUCUCGUAGAGCAGGAGGUUAUAAAAGGAAAAGAAAUACGAACUGUGAGCAGGAUAGUGAAAACAGCAUCAGAAAGUUAACGUUACAAGAAUGUAGAGAUGCGUUUAUGUUACAUGUGCAGACUGUUGCUGAUUUGGAUCGUGCUUUAUAUGAUUUGAAGAGAAGACUGCAAAGAAACAAAGAUACUUUUCAACCGACACCUCUUAUAGUUGGACCUUUAGUAAACAUCGAAUCAUCAUACGUGAUUGUAAACGACCAAAAGUUUAAGGUGGAUUCAUGUUUGCAAGCUAUUGAAUUAACUUUCAAGAUAUUCUUUGCUGUUGAUUGCAAGUAUCCAACAUAUGCAGAAACGUUUUGGAUAUUUUUACAAAAAUCUGGUUUCGAUAUUCACUUACAAGAGAAAUGUAACAACUCAUUAAACGUUUUGUUAGGUCGCGUUAACGCAGAAAUGGAGCGUUUAGUUGCGACAUAAUUUUUCCGAACAUAAAUAUCAUUUCAUGUGCAAUCGUUAAUAAGAUGUUUCGGUGCUAUAUUUGUAGUACAUUUUUAUGUUUCGAUAAUAAGUCGCUUCUAAAUCAUUACAAAGAAUUCCAUCCUUUAUUAAAAAUAUAUAGAUGUAACGAUAAUAAUUGCAGCAGAUCUUUUGCUAUAUUUGAUUCUUUUAAGAAACAUAGAUAUAACAAACAUUUAUCAGAGACUAAUAUUACAUAUAAUAACCAAACUAUAAAACAAUAUGAUCAAAACGCGGAUUUUAUAGAUGCAAUAGAUAAAGUCUUAACAGUGGGAACAAAUCAACGUAUACAACAUUAUGAAGAUAAAAAAUGUGAAAAUGUGGAGUAUAUAAUAGAUCCCAUACAAAUUAAGUCUGAUUCUGAUAUUGAAACUGAUUUAGAAGACGAUUUAUUUUUCGACAUUCCACAAAACGAUGGCCACACUAGUGAAGCGACAAACGUAAAAUUUGAGGAACAUAAAGAAAUUAUUAAUUUCACAAGUAAAUUAUACACUUAUUUAGACGUACCUCGUGUUAGGGUAAAUGAUAUUGUGAGAAGUACAGGAAAUCUCAUCGAUAAUUAUUUACUUUU